AUAAAACGCCAGUCUCUGAACGGAAGCGCAUUCCUAAAUUUUUCGUGUUUUUGUAAUGCAGAAAAUCAGCUUAUAAAUAGAAUAUUUCUGAAUCAAACACUGCCUAGACAACCGAUGCAUAAUAAAAUCUAAAGUGCCGUUUUGUGUUUAGUGCGUAGCGAGCUUUUUCUCUAUUGGAUGGAAGAAUAUAAUUAAUGCUCUCAUUAUGAUGACCGAAAAGUGUUCAUUAAUGGCUUUGUCCAUUACUCAUCAAUAGUAUUCAACUAACUUAGUUCCUGUUCAUAGGUAGAAAUAACCGGAAGUGGUUCCGGGCUAAUAAGGUGUUGAAUCCAUUAAGGUUCACUGGUAGGGUGUACGAACCAAUGGCCACCUACAAUAAUGCGCACUGGCUGCUGUCGCACAUCCGGAAUUCAUUUAUUUCGACAGAUGACACUGGAAUGAGCGAAACAGUGAUGAUACUGGAAGAUCUACCUCACCAAUAUGCGCAACUACACAAGCAAGCUCUACGCAAUCGGUCUGGCAGCAACAGUGAACAAGAUUCGCAUGAAGGUGCUCGAAAUUUCGAACACUUCUAUUGCUAUCCCGGCCUGGACGAUUCGGAUGAAGAGGAUAUGGAUUCUCUGUCACAAUCGUACGAAAUUCAGAUGGACCAAGAUAUCGGAUUUCAUAGGCAACGAUCUAAUACAGCUCAACAGCUCGAGCGAUUGGACAUUGCCAGACGAAAAGCUGCAAGAAUACGAAGUGUUAAAUGCGAAAAUGUAGUUGCACAUGAAGAGGUUCAAGUCAGUGACCUUUUCGUAAAGAAAGAACUGAAUAAAACAGAAAAUCGAGUUUCUAUGCUUUCGCAACAGCUUGAGACGCUUCCUAGAAUGCCACAGAACAAAUUCCUCGAGUUUGCAAAAUACGAUGGUACUUCGCAAACGGAAAUAGCCACUAAAACAUUCAAAAUAUUCCUAAACAUGCUGCCGACAGAAAGCCAACGUGCUUAUCCAAUUCAAGUUUGUGUAAACGCCACUGCCAAGAUCCAAGACUUUAUAGGGCUGAUUUGUUACAAAUGCAGUCUCGCCUAUCCAGACGUAAGCGUAAAAUCCGUGAAGCAUUACGGUCUCUACAUGACCGAAGAAGAUGGAGAAAUAGAUAUGGACUUUCCGCCUUUAGAUGUGCGAGAACCGUGUGCCAAAUUUUGUUUUUCGCACCUAGCUCUAGCAGAACGAAAGCCAUCUGAAUCGCAAAUGCAUCGCUCGGAACCAACACGUUCCUUAAGCUCAGAUCAGGACGAACUAACAAGUUUAAUUUUUCCAUCACCUCCUAGCAGAGUUCCUACGUUGCCGGACAAACGCCAGAAAGAGGACCUCGAUCGUAUGGAAGGACACACAUCGAAAUUAGAGGCCCCUCUUUAUAGGUCAUUUCACGUAUACAUCAUUCACAAAGCACGCAUUAAAACGGAAGUACAGUUGGGAAUAUCUGGCGAUAAACUCGAAAUUGAUCCGCUACAGCAGAAAUCCACAAAAUUCUGGCCGAGACAAAAACCAGCGAAUCAUUCGAUGGAUUCAAUCGCCCAUUGCUCUAUAAUCGAACGAAAGUCUUCAAAGUCAGUUGUUCGAAUUAUUUACAGUACCACACCGUUCUCGCCACAGACAUUAGCAGUUCCGGCAGGAUCAGAUUUCGGGAUCACAUCCAGCCCCACAAUUCGCCAGCAGCAGCAACAACAACCACCACACACAGGUGGCCCUUUUUUUAAACAGUACGACAUCGAAACUGAUCCUCCAACGGCACAGGAAAUUGUAGAAAAAAUCAACAACAUUCUAGAGGUUCGGUCCAGUCCCAUCAGGCGCGAAUACAUGGCUAGCCGAGGGACCCACUAGAGUGUUUUAGUGUUUGUGUUUGAUGUUCGGUAUACUUUGUGUAUACUUGACAUCGAAGUUAUCGAUUUGGUGUAAUGUGCUGCUGAAUUUAAUGUGUCCGUUGAUUUAAGUUUGUAUUUUUAUUUGAUAUAACCUAUUUUACGAAUCGAAUUUGUUAAAAUAAAAAUGUCAAA